AUGGAGUGCCAAAAGAAAGCAAACCAGCUUCUCGAUGAGUUUUGUAUACCAAGGGGACUUCUCCCUCUCGACAACAUAGUCGAGAUUGGAGUGGUACGAUCCGAGGGUUUCAUAUGGCUCAGACAGAAGAAGAAGAAGGACCAUUACUUCGAGCAGAUUAGCAGGAGUGUCCCCUUUGCUGCAGAAAUCACUGCAUUCAUCGAGCCACAGCGGAUGAUGAAGGUGACAGGCGUAAAAGCAAAGGAACUGCUCCUCUGGAUUGGAGUCUCUGAACUGCUGGUGGAUAACUCGAUUUCUGGGAAUAUCCAGUUUAAGACGCAUACUGGGAUUUCCCGAUCAUUUCCUAUCUCUGCAUUUGUAAACUAA